CGCUCUCCUCUCUGCCGUCUUCCCGCCAGUUUCGUCCCCAUUCCAGUCCAUCCGGGUCCCAUCGCAUCUGUAUUCGUCCAUCUUGCUGUUCUUUAACGGUCCCUGCGCCUUGCAGAAGACUGAUCUCGUCUCCGAUCAUUAUAACUGCUGUCGCCUGGGACAUCUCGUCAGUCUAGACGGCCUUACGAGUGCGAUACUGGCGGCCCAGGUUGGUUCGAGAUAGGCUUCCGGCAUCUUCCUUGCUUGAGUCGCUUUCGCCCGUGCACCUGGGGACCCCCUCAUCCUCAUCGAAAGACAACUCCAUUCAUCGACGAUUCAAAAAACACGGUCGCAAGAGGGCCUGCCCAUCAAAGAAAGCCAUUUGACUUGAUUGAUCUGCGGUAUGUUCAGAUAGGACCUUCCCGUCUUGCUGUCGUACCUAUCUUCGGGACGGUUCCAUCUGCAACAGAACGAGCAAUCAAUUGACAAAGUCAUCAGUGCUAUUGCAGCGUGGUCGUCUAUUCAAACGAUGCAGACUGCCCAGAACGAGCACGCCUCCCUGUCUGGAGAGCAAUCCCCCUAUAGUGCCACUGCCUCUACACCGCACGAACCCCCUGCCAACCCGACACCCAAGAAUGUUGCCUUCGAGUUACUGCUGGAUGAGAAUUCCAAAGUUAGGGCACGCAUCCCUAUGCGUGUUCAGAUAUACCCUCACGACACCACUGAUUCUAUUGUCACGACCGUCAAGAAUUUCUACGGUAUCUAUGAUGGUGCCGCCAGUGGUGUCAGCUUCGAGGAUGAAAACGGCAUCACCCUCAUAGCGAGAUACGAGAACUUGAGAAACAACAUGACCGUCUAUGUCAGGGUUAUCCCCAUCCAAGCAUACACCGAUAUCUAUGGAGAUCACUACCAUGGUUCGAUCCCUGUAGAAGCUCGCAAGCACCCGAACAUCGAAGAUGCUUAUCGCAUGGGGGGCAUGCAGCCAGCGCAUCUCUUAGAGCAUGGUCGGUCCCCAUCCCGUCCAGCUUCUAGAAUCGCUAGAAAGCGCAGUCCAUCACCCUCAUGUCGAAGCCGCCGUAGCGCUUCGCAAAACAAGCAAUCAAAGUCUGGCAACAAGAGCAGGGGCUCCAGUACUCAUGGUAGCUUCCAUGAUGAUGGCGCUGGAUAUAGUGACAGUGAUGCCACUUACACUUCUAAAAAGGCCCGAAGCGAUCAUUUUGCCAGCUCGGAUAUUAGCAUGGACAAUAUUCUUCAAGAUGGCCGUAGAAAGCGGCCUAAGUUUGACAGCUCGGAGCUACCUCUAUUCGUUCCUCCCCAGGUUCCUCUGACGACUGCCUCCAUUUCGCCGCAGCGUCGAUCCGUCGGUCAAGAAGGAGCCGGCUCGCCAUUCGCACGCCCGACGCAGCGCCCAUACAGUUAUCAGCAACCAUUUCCGUCUCCGCAGAGUUUUGGUUACAAUGAUCAGGCGUACGGAACGGGCUCGACUCGAAACUCCAUGUAUGCUACUCCAGUACUGCCGGAACAUGGUCAUCGCUUGCGCGACCGUACUUCAACACAACAGUUUUCCAAUGCGGCUGGUCGGGCUAGCGGCCCUGGUAUUCUCCCAACGCCAGACCCUACUAUUGCAAGUUGCAUAUCGGACGAGGAUGUUGCCAUGCAACUUAUCCGCCUAGGGGAUGCUUCAAAUUUCUCUCAUGGCCGCACGUCCGCAUCCACGUUAGAUGACGGGUUCAGCGGCGCUGCUGAUGCCGCUUCGUCGACCGGUGCGACAAGCGACGGUGAAGACUUUAGCGAAGACGAUGACGGUUUGCCAAGCCGAUCACGUCAGAAGCUGGAAUCCAGCCCCAUGCUCCCUCCAGGCGCUUCUAGACGCAAUCACAAACGCUUGGAUGAGAUUCUGCCUAGUUUUGACAGCACUGAACCGAGCGGCGAUGAUUUGGAUGAAGACUACCGCCAAGAGGGACGUAACGAUGUCCUUACCAAGAGCGAAGCUGAUGACAAUACGCUCUUUACCGAAUCAGGACCGAAAUCAAAGAAAACAAAGACCAAGGCAACAGGGACCUCAAAUAAGUCCCGAGGAAAGUCAGCCCCGAAGUCAAGCAGAGGAAGUAAGACCUCUUCUACCGCCGGCUCUCGCAAGACUAAGGCGAUGUCUGCCGCUAUGAGCCAGAAAGGUGCAGCCUUCCCCCAGUUAGCCAACUCGACUUCGCCUAGAAAGACUUUGGGUUCUUCGGCCAACUUCCAACUUGCGGCAGAUGAAGAAGACCUGUCGACCAAACCGCGCUGCCAACGAUGCCGCAAGAGCAAGAAGGGCUGCGAUCGUCAGCGCCCCUGUGGAAGAUGCAGGGAUGCAGGCAUUGGCCUCGAGGGCUGCAUCAGUGAAGAUGAGGGAAAUGGUCGCAAGGGCCGUUACGGUCGCCAUAUGGGCGUCCCCGUUAAGAAGGCUCUCGAGCUCGCUGCCAGCAAUGGUGACCCCCAUGCCGAUCCCACUUUCGCGCCUUCAGCAAUGGCAGACAAGAGCAAGAAACGGAAGCGCUAGAUUGCGACUCUAAGCAGUUUCAAAAUUAUUUCAACCCCAUAAGAUCUGUUACAUUUGAUUGUUCUUUCGCCUCCGGCCACACCACGAAGCAGUACAUCUAGGCGACAAAUGACAACGAUAUUCUUCUCCAUAGACGUUUUCCUAACGUUUUGCCGCAUCUCUAUUUUUUUUCCUUCUUUUCCACAUGCAUGUCAUCCUUCUUUUGACUCCAAACCUCAACAUCUCAUCCGUUCACUCAUUGGAGCGGCAGUAUUCUUUGCGGCUCCGGUUUUGAGAUACUCGUUGUAUCCUCAUCGAAAUUAUCAAUUACAAAAAUCCUUCAGCUGUCUAUUGCAUCAUCGACCAUCUUCCACUCUAUUCACCUCCCGAGACAAAACACUCAUUAUGUUGCAUCGUGCACUGCUUUAAGUCUACUGUCCUUGCUACCUCUUUUUCUCGUCAUGGAUACUCUAGCGAUUGAACUGAGCGGGUUUGUCGUAUUUCUUGCGUGUUAUGGCGUUUUUUUGUCUGUGGUUGUCAUUGCGGGUCUUUGUUCAUCUCGUUUCCCUUUCUCGAGUCAUCCAUGCCAACAACCUCCGCUCGUUCGGCUACCAGUACUGCUGUGAAGUGCCCUAUCAUUUAUGUAUCUGAGCUACUGAUAUACUGGUCGCUUCCUCUUCCGUGUGCAUUUUCUCUGUCUCGCGUCCUUUCACUGAGAGGGAGAGAUCGGCAUCGUACGAUGGGUUGAAAAGUUGCAGCUUCAGGUCUGCUGAUUUUCGGUCCUACUGGGAAAUAUAUAUUUCCAUGAAAAUUGCCGUGAAGGAGCUCAAUUCUCAUAGUGUUUGAAUUUGUUUCUCUUUUAGUGUGUCUAAGCUCUUUUCACCUGUUCUCUGUCUAUAACUUAGGUAGAAUGAAAGGGAUUAUUCGUUAGAAGCCGAGUGUUUUGUGCGUAGCGUACCCUGUGGGCGCAAAAUUGCCAAUAGACAAAAAUUCGAAUAUCA